AUGGCGGUGCCAACGAUUACCGUGCUGGUGAUAGACAACACCAGCGCGCGGGCCAGCACGCUGCGGCUCCUGGAGGCGGCGGGCUACUCGACGGUGGAGGCGCAGUCCGGCGGCAGCGCGCUGCAAUUGCUGGAGGAGCGGGCGGCGGCCACGGGCAGCCCGGACGUCGACGUGAUCCUUAAAAAUCACGACCCGCCCGGCUCCAACGCCGUGCGCUUCCUGCACAGGCUCAGCGAGCACCCCAGCCUACGCAGCAUCCCCACAGUCGUCGUGUCCAACCAGGACAGCCGCGAGGUGGUGCUGAAAUGCCUGUCCAGCGGCGCGGUGGACUUCUGGGUGCGCCCGCUGCGGCCCAACGAAGUGCACAUGCUGUGGACCCGCGUUUGGCGGCAGCAGGGGCCGGGACAGAGCCCAUGCAGGGACGACUCCGGCAGCGGCAACAGCACGGAUGCAGCAGCCACCUUGCUGGAGGAAACGGAGCCAACCUCGAAAGAGGGCAGCGCCCCAGACGGCAGCGGCAGCGGCGGCCGCAUGCAGGGGCAGCAGCACACCAACGGCGCCGGCAGCGGCAGCGGUGUGGAUGAUGCUGGCCAGACCAAUGGCAAUGGAAACGGCAGCAGCCGCAACAUGGCCAAGGCCGGCAGCAACACCGGCGGCAGCGGCGACAAUGGCACUGGCGGCGCCAGCAACGGCAACGGCGUGGGCGGCAGUGGCAAUGGCAACGGCACCUCAGCCACUGGCCACUUCAUGCCGGGCCAUAGCGACCGCAUCCAAUCCGCCGCCGAGGCUGGCAGCGAGGCGCCCGCUGCUUGGCAGCCUAUGCUGGCGGCACAGGAUGCGCUGGCAGCAAUCGCGGCAGCCGCAGCGGCUGCUGCUGCCGCGCAGGAGGCGCAUCCCCCGCCCCGCGCGCAGCAGCAGCAGCAGCAGCAGCAGCCUAUCCAGACCAAUGCCUUCCCCUUGCCGGCGCCGCGCCCCUCGCUGGCGGCGGAGCAGCAGGCUGCGGCAGGUGCUGGCGUGGCUCUCUUCGAUGCCAGCCAGACCUCUGGCGGUGGCCAGUUCAUGGGAAGCAACACGGGCAACGGGAGCAGGAGCAAUGGCGGCACCACCAACGGGAAUGGUGGCCAUGGCAGCAACGGCAACGGCGGCGUGACGAGCAAGGCCGCGGGCCUGCCCCCGCCCUCGCCGGUGGCGCAGCAGCUGCAGCGCGGCGCUGUGGGGCCUGCCAGCCCCGGCAGCGGGCUGCCGCCGCUGCCCAGCACGGCGCCCGUGUUGGCGUCUGCCGCUGCUUUGGCAGCCCCUGAGGCGGCCCUGGCGGUAUCGGCCGGCUCUCCUUCCAAGCCCUCGCCCACCAGGGCCGCCGCCUGCUGGCCCGCCAACCUCCAGCAGCAGCAGCAGCAGCGCAAGCAGCGCAAGCUGCUGCUGCAGCAGAUCAAGGAGGAGGAGCGGGAGGAGGCGGAGCGGCAGCGUGGCGCGGCUGAGGUGGCUGAGGUGGCAGAGGCGCUGACCUCCCUGAGGGAGAGCGGGUCGCCCCUCAAUAGCGCCGGCGCGCCGGGCGGCGGAACGGCAGCCACCACCACCACCACAGCAGGCGCCACGCCAGGCGGCCCCAGCACCGCUGCUGGCGGCGGCAAGGCCAGCAGGCUGACGCGCGCCACCGCGGCAGCGGCAGCUGCCUCCGCCGGGACGCACGCCCCCAGGAGCGUGCCAGAGAGCUUGACUGCAUCUGCCGACACGCGGCUGUUCCCGCAGCCGCAGCAGGCGGCGGGGGCCCAGGCAGCGGCGGCGCAGUUCCCGCAGCAGUCGCUGCCGCAUCUGUUCAUGCAGCAGGCGCAGCAGCAGGCGCAGGCGCAGGCGCAGCAGCAGGCCGUGGCGGCACUGGCACGCCAGCUCUCUGCAGGCCUCAGCCCGGUGCAGUCGCCGCGGCAUCCCUCGGCGUCGGCGCAGCAGCAGCAGCAGCAGGGCGCGGCGCCUGCGGCCCAGCAGCAGCAGCAGCAGCAGCAGAUGCUGCCGCCGCCCUUCCCUGCCGGGCUCAUGCCGCAGUUUGGUGGCAUGCCGCCUUUCAUGGCGCCUCCAGUCAACUUUGGAUGGGGUGGCAUGCCGGCUCUGCCCUCGCCCCAGCAGCAGCAGGCGGCCCAGCAGUUCAUGCAGCAGGCUCAGCAGGCCCAGGCUAAGCCCGCCGCCGAAGCUCCUGUCGCCAGCCCCACCCAAUCCCAGCAGCCGUCGGGGGCAGGGGCCGGGCAGCAGGCAGGCGCACAGCCAGCAGCAGGCGAUGGGGCCGGGGACGGCAAGGCCGCCGCGGCAGCUGCCGAGCAGAUCCAGGCGAUGGCGGAGCAACAGCAGCGUGCCAUGCUGGUGCAGCAGCACGGGCAGCAGCAGGCGCAGUACGCCUGGAUGCUUCAGCAGUACAGCAUGGCUGCUGUGGCGGCGGCCGCCGCCGGGCAGCCGCCCCCGCUGCCGCCGCCGCCGCCGCCGCUGUCGGGCCCCUUCUGCUCUCUGAUGGGCUGGCCCAGGCCGCAGAUCCCUUGGCAGCAGCAGCUUUCGAGCCUGUCCUUCCCUGGACCCUCCCUCACGGCCCCACCCUCCUUCCAGCCUUCGGCAGGCCCCGCCACCAGCAGCCUGCUGCUGCCCCAGUCUGCGGCGGCGGCGCAGAGCCUGCCGGCCUCGCUGCCGCCGCCGCCGCUGCCGCUGCCUUCUCCUCUGGAGCCUGGCAGCGAGGAGGCGUUUUCAACGAAGGAGGCCCGCCUGCUGGCAUAUGCUCGCUACAAGGAGAAGCGCAAGCGGCUGCACUUUGGAAAGAAGAUCCGGUACCAGACGCGCAAGGCGCUCGCCGAUCAGCGGCCGCGCGUGCGGGGCCAGUUUGUGCGGAUGGCCAAAGAGGAGGCCGCCUCGACUGGCGACAACAAGAGCAGCGGGGCGGAGGAAGGCGCCGGCGCCCCCUCCGCCUCUCCGGACCACCCGCAGCAGGCUACCGCCGCAGACCCCGUGGUGACUGCCGCUGCCAAGAAGAAGGCAGCCGCAGUGGUGGAUGUGGAUGGCGGCACCCCUGCCAUCCCCACGCCCGCAAGCCCCUCCCCUGCCAGCACUGCUGGCGGGGAUCAGCGGGAGGAGCCCAUGGAGGUCCAGGAGGAGGAUCAGGAGUACGACCGCCAGGAGGAGGACCUGGGGGCUGAGGAGGAUGAGCAGCCCCGCCGCGUGGCCCUGGCCUCCCAGCCGCGGCCACGCAGGCAGUACGCCGUACUGCUGCAGGACGAGAGCGAGAGCGCCACCAUGAGCUUCGGUGGUAGCGCCCACCACCGCCAGGGCAAGGUGUCGCUGCACCCGCACCAGCUGCAGAAGGCAGUGCAGGCGCUGGCCGCCGCGGGCGCCGCCAGCGGCGCCGGCAGCCAGCUCGCGGGCGCGAGCACUACCGGGCCCCGCGGGGGCGAGGCGCCCGGCGCCAGCGCGGGCGCGCCUGCGGCCUGGCAGCAGCAGCUGCACCGCCACCUGUCGGGCCACAAGCACCGGCGCGAGACGCCGGCCGCUGCCGCAGACACCAGCGUGGGCGGCGGCAGGAACGGCAGCGACAGCGGCAGCAACACGCCUGGGGACCAGACCCCCGUGCCGGACUCGCCACCGGGCAGCCGGGGCGAGGAGGAGGCCGCCGACCUUGCCCCUCCUGCCAAGCAGGCGCGUGCCAGCCGCAAGCAGUAA